AUGGAACGGAUCAGCUUCGGCCUUUUCGGCCUAUCCAAGCGUGUAAUGCAGCGCAACCUGUCUCGGGUUCAGCCGGAAGAACCGGCGACGAGCACUUCGACGGAUCAAGCCUACGACUCCUACGGCUUCUCCGUGUCAGACAACGCCUUCGCAAACGGAAUCAACGCGUACGAGGAUUCCUUUAAUGAAAAGCGAGAACGGCGUUUGAAAAGAUGGGACGAAAUGGAGCUAAAGGGUGAAUGGGUCACCAAGGACCCAUUUCCCCUCAAAGUCCUCAUAAGGAAGGGCAUACCUGAUCACUACAGGGCAAAAAUGUGGUUCCAACUAUCUGGAGCGGAAGAGUUGGGUGCCCAAAUCAAGGGACUCUACCCGAGGCUCGUCACCCAGCCACUUGACCCGAGCAUCGUCAACCAAAUCGAGAUGGAUGUCUGUCGUACCUUCCCCACCAAUCUGAAUUACCAGCGGCACUCAGAGGGCACACUGCGGUUGCGAAACGUGUUGACUGCGUUUGCAAACUUCGUGCCGUCUGCUGGAUACUGCCAGAGUUUUAACUUCUUGGCGGCCAUCCUGUUGAUGUUCAUGGAGGAGGAGAACGCCUUCCUCACCCUCGUCCAGAUGAUCGAUUCACGCAUCGACAACAAGGGUCUAAGCGUGCUGGGAUACUACAAGGACCGCAUGCUCGCUUUGAAACGCGACGUGCUAGUACUUGAGAUGAUACUUCGCAAGAGGCUCAAGAAGUUGUACAACCACCUAAAAGCCAACGGAGUCGACUUCACAUGCGUCUGCGUCGAGUGGCUCCUCUGCCACUUCUCUAUAUCGCUGCCGAUCCACACCGUUUUCAGGGUGUGGGACGUGCUAUUUUACGAGGGGGAGAAGGUCCUGUUCCGCGUCGGCUUCGCCCUGUUCAAGGUCCACGAGAAGCGGCUGCUGCAACUAGACAGCGACAAAGACCUGCUCAUGUUCCUCAAGUCUAUGGGAAACGGCAUAGUUCAGCAUGACGAGUUUCUUAAAGUCGCCUUCUACCACCUGUCUGCGUUUAGGCGGAGUGAUAUACAGGCGAUGAGGUUGGAGGCGGCCCGCAUAAUAAAGCAGGGCAAAGACCGACGCCGUGCCUUCGGCGUCGGCUGCGGCCGGCGAGUCGUGCCGGUGUCUCUCGACGAACCGGGUGUGCCGCUGGCGUCGUUUAUAGCCAAGAAGCUCAAGCCUUACUCACGCCUACACGUGCACGGCGGAUGUGUCAACCGUUUGAGGUGGCACAACGACGGGAAAACGCUGGCAUCGGUCAGCGACGACCUGACCAUUGCGCUCACGAACGUCCAUGACGUCGACCCGGAUUCCGAGGGCGACGGAGGGUUGAGGGCGUUCCGCACAUCGGUUAUACCGACGCAGCACGUGGGAAACAUAUUUGGCGUCAGCUUCCUAGCAGGAGGGAGGCGCAUUGCAACUGGAGCCAGGGACUCACGGGUAUGCAUCUCGGACGUAGUCGAACGCCAGACCGUGCACUGCUACCGCUGCCACUCUGGAAGCGUCAAGCACAUCAUCAACGACGGGCUCACGGACUUCGUGUUCUACUCCGGUAGCUACGAUGGGACUGUGCGGCAGUUUGACAUCCGGGAGCCGCACUCAUGCGACGGCCACUGCCGCAACGUCAUCAUCGGAUUGGGACGAGGUAUCGACCAUCAAAUUCAAGGAGUGCGACGCAGAAAGUGUUCGUGGGCGGAUGCUAUUUCGCAAAUGGAUCGGUCGGGGAUGCAGAAUUGGGUGGACCUCGCGUAUGCAGAGGCCACGUGGGCGAACCAGUCGUACGACGGCACCGAAGUCAAAGCGAUUGCCAUCAACCCAGUUCAGUCCGAGCAACUGGCCGUUGCAGCGUCAGACAGUAUGGUUCGCAUUUUCGAUAGGCGCAAGCUUUCGAUGGGACAUGCGUACAAUGACGGCAUAUCGGUCAACUACACCAUGCCGAUCCUCGAAGAGAUAUACAUGCCAAAGCACUUCAGGAACGACGAAACGCGCCUCUUCGCAACGUACCUGGCAUGGUCGCCUGACGGAGAGCGGCUGGCUGUGACUUACGAAAGCGAGCACGUCUACCUGUUCGAUCGCAACUUCACCAGCGUAGGGGCGAUUAACACCGGGCAUUCGGGCACCUGCGAUUUUACAGAUACAAGCGGCAAUGACCGGGCAACAGCACGGAUCAGGGAGCUCGAAUCCCAUUACGCUGUCUGCCGCGACAAAGCGUGCGCGCAGCGCAACGUCUCUCAGCUGCUGUAUCUGUUGCUGUACCGAAACCACGUCGGCGACGCCGCACUGUGCGAGACCAUAGCCAAGGAGGCCUUCGUGGCAGACCCUACUAAUCCGCUGGUGCUGUUCCGGCGCAUCCAGGCGUUUUUGCUGCUGGACAAUUACUACAUGGCGCGCAGGCUCUGCUUCCGCGGCUCACGGCUGUUCCCGGAACACUCAGUGCACUUCAACAAGAUAAGACGGCUCUGCCUGCUUCUGUUCAACGAGAAAAUACGAGAGGUUGCUUCGGAGGAGAUCAUCUCGCUGCUCAAAUCGAUUUGCACGUCUCGGGAGAUCACUUCCCCGAACGCUGAUAUCUACGCGCAGCAUCCGAUUGAGAACAUCGCGAACGAGGGCGGCGAAAGCGAUGAUGACAUGCACGUCUCCAUCGGUGCCAGCUUCCGCUAUUCAAUAUCGGGAUGGCGCAGGUGGCCGCAUCCCGAUACCUGCAGCCGCCUGGAGGAGCAUCUCCGCGAUUAUGCAGAGGGCGUCGAGUUUGAAGACAGCGGCAGUCAAUCGGAGGCAGAGUCUGAGGGGGAUACGGCUGAUGUGGAGUACCAGAAUGAGGUUGACAUCGAUGCAGAACACAGGAUGGUCUACCAAUUGCGCGCUUUGGCGGACUUCUCGCCCAGAGACCGCAGGUGGAACAUGCACCACUACAUGUGCUUCGACGCGGAGGAUGGCGGGUAUCACCCACAUCGACCCGCAUAUCCGUAUGAGGCGUAUCCCAUCCCAUAUGUGCCGGAGCACGACCUAUACCGCGCCAUCGAAAACCCGAGAUGGCGACCGGCGGGAAAUUGCAGGAGGCUUUGUGGCCACUGCAACUUCGGGACUGACAUCGCAGAGGUCAACUUCUGGGGGAACGACGUGAUAGUCAGCGGAAGCGCCGACGGAGCGGUCUACCUCUACGACGUUAAGUCAGGACGCAUCCUUGACAUUCUUAACGGCCACGGCGAGAACGUCAACUGCGUGCAAGUGAACCAGCAGGGCACGCUCUUGGCAACGAGCGGAAUCGACCACUACAUCCAAGUUUGGCGACCGUCGGGAGAUUUUAAUGGCAUUACGGAGACCGAAGUUGAGGAGUCUGUCGCCAAAGCGCAGGCAUGCUACAACAGGCACAUACUGGGAUCGCCACUUACAAUCUCAGAUAUCACGUAA